UAUUGUUCUUGUUUGGUUGGUAGUUCUGCUUGUUGUCGCUAUAUUUUUGUGUUGUCGAAGAAGACAAACCCAAGAACGUCUACGCACACUUUAUGGACCAGCAUACCAAAUUAGGCCAGUUUACACUAUGCGUGUUAACAAACUUGAUGAAGGAAAUGGUGGGAGUUUUGCACCAACGGAAGGUGUUGGUAGUUAUGAGGAGCAUUUGGAAAAGGCGGCGCAGAGACUUAGUGCUGAAUUAGCUUACAAUCCCGUAAGUUUACAUGUUUUUGAAAAUGUGUUUCUACUUUAA